AAUAAGAAUCCUUUCUCCGGUUGAACUAUGAAUUUCCACAGACUCUCCUGAUUUCUAUAUAUAUCCAUAAACCCUACCGAACAUUCAUCGACUUCCUUCAUGAUUUUUGAUAUUUUCUUUCAUCAGUUUUGGUUGCUUUAUUAGAUUGAUUUGAUGAGGAAGCGUGAUCGUGCUAACGACUUGGGAAUUUACAGAAACCACAGGAGAAUCGAACGGGAGAUGAGUACCGGAAAAAUACCAUACAGCAGAGCUGAAUCGGAGAACUGGGUUUACUGUUUGACUCUCCAAAUUAAUCAUGCGGAGGGGCUUGACCCUCCGAUUCUGUACCCGGAGCUUCCGAUCGGCGAGAGGAACUAUCGGGUGGUUUUCUGGGUGGGUUCCAAUCCUUCCAGUGAUCGGAGGUAUGCAACGAGCGAAAGUGGCGAGGCUCUGGAGCCUGUUUGGAAAGAGAGGGCACAAAUUCCGUUGGGGAGGUUUCUGGAUCCGGAGGUUCUAAACGUGGAGGUUGUUAGGGUGAAUGCGUGGUCCGACCCGGGGCCUUCGACCGGCAUCGUGUUAGUGGGUAGAACUCAGAUUCCGUUACCCAGCCCCUGGUCUGUGUCGAAGAAGAAGGGCGGCAGAUUUGGGUUGGUGCGGCCUGUCGGCGACGGUUACAGAGGUGAAGGACAUAUAUCGAUUUCCAUGGAGCUGAAGAGGGCCAGAGACGACUAGGUUUAGCAGCAUUUUUUUUGUUCUUUUAGAAAAUUAUAGGAUUUUAGGUCCCAAAUAAUUGGGAAUGGAAUCAAUGGAUGCUAAAGGU